UGUAACGACGCGUCGCACUCGCCUCCAUUUCUAUUUUACUCGUUGCUUGUGCUGCUGCUGUGUAAAAUCUUUGAUAUAUAUUCCCGAGCCCUCGAGAGGCAGCCUUGGGACAUCUCGCACACACAUUAACACACACGGAAAAGCAAACGCGCUCCUCCGAACUCUCGACUCGCAUCGUUCGGGACCCGUCAGCGUCUUCAACAAUCAUUGGAUCAUCCUCUCUGUUGACAAUUGAAUCAUAAUGUCGUUCAAUCGCGGAAUGAAGAGAGACUACGGUAACAACCGUAACAAUUUCGGCAACAACCGUAACAUGGGUGGCGGCGGCGGCAACAACAUCGCCUCGAGACUCGGAAACAUCGUGGGCGGUGGAGGCGGCGGUGGCGGUGGCGGCGUCGGAGGUGGUGUGGGUGUCGGUAAUGUCAAUCCAUGGGAGGGUGGCAUGAUGCCCGGUGGCAGAGGUAUUCUGCCUACUCCAAACAACAACAUCAGUUUGGCAUCACCCCAAGCCCAACUUGCCAUUGCCAGCAAUUUGAUAUCCAACCUUCUGCGCAAUCAACAAGAUACUCAAACACAAGUGCCAUCGUUGUUGAGUUUGGGUAAUAACUUCAAUGCCCCCAAUUCAAAUUACAAUAACCAGCAAAAUUACAACCAAGGUCGUUUUGAUCGCAUUGGUCGUCAAAACAUGAAAAAUCAACGUCCUCAACCCUACAACAAGAUGGGCAAUCGAGCCCGAGAUGGAGUUGUUGGGCGACGCCCUCAACAAAAUCGUAACCAGUCCGGUAACCAGCGACAGAAUGGCAACCAAAAUCAACGGAAUGAUAGAUCUUCUAAAGCUAAUUCACCCUCUAAGCAAAAUCUGAACAUCAAAAAGGAACCCCAGGAAAAGACCUCUGAUAAGACCAAUGAAAAAGCAGAAGCAUCUGUUGCUUUAAGCGAGGAAAAUGAUGAUUCCGAAGAAUCUAAGAAGCGUGAAUGGAAGGAUGAGAAAAAAGAAGUUUUCCAUGAUAACAAAAAAGAUGAACCAAUGAAAAGUGAAGAUGAAACAGCUAACAAAGAAGAUGAAAAGUCAGGUAACAAGAGGUCUGCCGCUAGACAUGCAGAAAGUCGUUAUGCUGAUGUUCCAAUGUCAAGCAUGUUCUGUCACGUGUGUAAAAAACACAUGUGGGAUGGGGCUUCCUUUGAAAACCAUCUCCGAGGACGUGCUCAUCAACUAAUGAUGGAUAAACUCGAUGAAUCAUACAAACUUAAAGUCGAAUUGAUGCGUCAUGAGUUACGAGUUGCUGAAGAACAACGAGAGCUGUCGCUUAAUAAUUCUAAAAGACGUGGUAAAAAAUUAAAUGUUGAUUUGAAUGUGCGUGAGUAUUGUACCAUGUGCGAUUUGAACUUCUUUGGAACGUUAUCAAGUCACAGGAAGGGUGAAAAGCAUCAACAACUCAAGACGUUUUUACAUCCACGCUGCUUAUCAUGCUCAAAAGAAUUUCCUUCUCGUAUUGAAUAUGAUGAGCAUUGUUUGACUCCAGCUCACAUGAAAAAUGCUUGUGAACAAGAAGAAAAAAAGAAGUCGAAUAAGAAAGAUAAACUUGGCAAAGGAGAAUCGGAAGUUCGAUCGGCCGAAGAUGAAGAAAAAGAUGUCGGAAGCGAUUCUAAGAGUGAUAAAAUUGAUGAUUUAGCAGAUAGCAGUGAUUUCGUUCUAGAUAUUCCAGAAGGCGAGAUUGGCACUAAACUUAAAAUUCCCACCUACCGACAUGUUAAGUCUAGGCAGAUGUCAAUUGGCAGAUCUUUGGUAAAAGAAGUUGUUGGAUUCAAUUGUGACAAAUGUCGGCGAUUCAUGCUUACCGAAGAAGAUAUGAUUGCUCAUUUACGUUCAGCCACUCAUUAUCGUAGUUUCAUUCAAGAAAUUAAAACAUUGCAAGCAGAAGCUGAAAAAGCAGCUAAAGAAGCCAAAAAACAGGAUCCUGAUGACUCGAAAAAUGAUUCUGAAGAAAAACUUGACAACCAUAUAAAAACAGAAAACGAAUCAGAAUCUACUAAAAUAGAUAGAAAAAGAAAACAUGGAGACGAUGAUGAUGACGAAGACGAGGAUGAAGAUUUAGACGAUGAUAAAUAUGAUCCUGCUGAAGUUAAUGAUGAAUCUGAAGAAGAGACUGUUGAAAACGAGAAAAAAGAAGAAGAAGAGGAGGAGGAACAAAAGGAAGAAGAGAAACCAGAUGAAUCAAAUGUUAUUACACUGAAUGAGCCCGAGGAUACUAUUUUAGAAGAAAGUAACGAUCAUGAGGAAGAAGAGGAGGAAGAAAAAGAACCACCAAAGAGUUCUCCAGUGGUUUCAAAAAGUCCUGCGCGUGGAGGUGGUGCUGGCCGUGCUCGGGGAAACCGUGCUCGACGUUCCAGGCGAUAAAGUAUCACCAAUUUUUAUUUUUCAUGUAACUAGAUUUAUUUGUGCAUGUAAACAUGAGAAAUGCAAUAUUUUAAUAUUGACAUAAUAUUAAUUCAAUCUAAAAUUUGAUAGUUUGACAGAAAAAAAAAUUAAUUUGUAUGUUACUUUUAGUCAAUCUUUGUAGUAUAUAUAGAAUAAUUGGUAUAUACUUCUAAAAUGUCAUUCUUCAAUGUACUAUUAUAUGUAUUCUAUUACAAUUACUGAUCAUGUAUAAUUGUAAAAUCUUCAUUCCAAUUAAAUUCAUGUACUGCAAUAAAAAAAUUGAAUGAACGAA